UUCAAAAUCAGAUCUGAAAUAUGACACCACACAACAGUUUUUGGCAUGACAGUGUAUGUAUUUUCAUAUGUUGUGCCAAAAAAUGGGCCAUUACCUUCCAUAACAUUUUUGGUCACGUUUCUAUUGAAGGAUGUGGUCGCCAUCCAGAUGGUGAACAUAGUUACUUGCUCAAUUAAUUAUUAUUAUUAUUUUUUAGUACAGUACUCUGGAAUAUUCUGCUUUAAAAUUUCAGGAUGAACCUAAAUUAGGCUACUGCCUUUUCAAGUGAAGUUAAUUUGGUCUUUUUUAAAAACUUUGAAUGUACAAACCUCGAGUAAAUCACCUGUUGUAUUUUUUCCCGUUCAGCUUCUUGUUAGAUGAAAGCAAAGUAACAGUGAUACACUGAACAAAUUACUUUUCAUUCAUUAAAAUUGGAGCUCAAAUGAAGCUCACUUGUCAUGGUUUACAGGGCAUUUUAGUUUCAUCCUUAUAUUUCACCCCGAACCCGACCAUCCUACACUUUUGUGAGUAAUGUAUGGUGUACGUCAACUAUCAAAGAAUAUUAUCUCACUCAUUGGCAUUAAAUUCACGUUUCACAGCAACUGUUUUGGUUGACGGCAGACUCCGUACUUUUUGCGAUGACGACAUAACCAAAAAUGGCCGCGCCCUCUGUGUCUGAGGACUCAAAUUAGCGCAUAUAAAUCGAGUAAAUCCAGGUGAUAGCCUGUAUUUUCUAUUCUUUGCCGUUCUUCGAUAUUUUAAAUUUUCACGUCAUAAAUCAAAUACUUUGUCAUACAAUAUGAGUUUACUUGGAAUUUGUGGCACACUGUACCCGCUUCGGGCGAUCACUAUCCACGCCAAAAAAAACUUGCCGCAAUCAAUGUUUCCACCGACCGGCGUGUCGGUCCGGCUUGCCCACGUUUGUGUUGCAGGACGCGGGAGACGUUUUUUUGCACACCGCGGCCUCUGCAGCUCUACUCUGCCGACUAAAGACGUCACGCUGUUCCAACACGACAGGACUGCCUUCUUCCGCCUCCUAGCUGUCUUCUGCGGGGGGCAGUUUGUCUUCUGGACGUACGUGGCUCACUUUGCCUACACCGGCCUCAGAGACACGGGGACGUCCCGGGAGCACGAGAAAAGGAAAACUCCCACCAGCACUGCCUUGGCUGGCAUGAGGAGUUUCGAAAUGAACCUGGGCUCCAGCGCCUGGAGGUACGGCUUCACGCUGGGAUGUGUGACAAUAGGAGCGGGCAUAUUGGGACUGGGCGUUCUGUUUUGUCGGCGCUCUGUGAGUCAGGUGGUUUUACACCAAGGUGGCAGGAUGGUGUCAAUAAGCACACAGUCACCUCUGGGAAUGGGCCAUGGCUGGAGAAUAACAACCCCGUUGUCCCAGGUAGCCUGUCAUGCCCACAGACACGAGUCCCCCUCCUUCAUCCCCCUCAAAAUCAAGGGACACAAGUUCUACUUUCUGCUGGACAAAGAGGGUACUAUGAACAAUGCUAAGCUUUUUGAUGUAACUGUUGGGGCAUACCGUCCUUUUUAAAUUGAAAUGUGGUUAGAUUCAUCCAAAGUAAUGUAAAAACCUCAUGAUUUUUGUGACAAUGACAAAUAAACACAAUGUACUGCA